ACACAAAUCCUGUGAAAGUCCAGAAGAGUUUGAGAGGGAAUACACACACACACACACACACAAUCAAACACACGCAUGCAUGCGCACACACACACACACCAGUAGAGAGAGAGACAGAGAGAGCGCUGAAGAUGAGCCGGUGUUGAGUGUGUGUUAGUGUGUGUUAGGGGACAGCAUGGCUCCCCGACCAUCAUCAGGAGAGUUAUGGGGGCUUCACCUGAUGCCUCCUCGUAUCCUGGUGGACUGCUGUCUGCCCAACGGGAUCCUGGUCAGUCUGGAGUGUUUGAGAGAAGCUCCACUGACCAGCAUAAAACAACAACUGUUCAGUGAGGCCCGAAAAUACCCCCUCUACCACCUGCUACAGGAGGAGUCGUGUUAUAUCUUUGUGGGCGUCACACAGGAAGCAGAGAGGGAGGAGUUCUACGAUGAAACACGACGACUGUGCGACCUUCGACUCUUUCACCCCAUCCUAAAAGUCAUCGAGCCAUUGGGCAACCGAGAAGAAAAAAUACUCAACAGAGAGAUCGGUUUUGCCAUUGGAAUGCCCAUCUGUGAAUUUGAGCUGGUGAAGGAUCCGGAAGUUCAGGAGUUCCGCCGGAACAUUCUGAGCGUGUGCAGAGAGGCGGUGGAGGAGCGCGAGGGUGGCGGUGCACACACACAAGCGCUGUACGUCUACCCGCCUAACGUAGAGUCAUCACCUGACCUGCCGCAACACAUCUACAGCAAACUCGACAAAGGUCGUUUGAUUGUGACCAUCUGGGUAAUUGUGUCUCCGUCAAACUCAAAGCAGAAGUACACACUAAAGAUCGCACACGAUUCUCUCCCGGAGCAGCUGAUCGCUGAAGCCAUCCGUAAGAAAACACGCAGCAUGCAUCUGUCUGCACAGCAGCUGCGACUGUGUGUGCAGGAAUAUCAGGGCCAGUACAUCCUGAAAGUGUGCGGAUGUGACGAGUAUUUCCUGGAGAAAUACCCCCUCAGCCAGUACAAGUACAUCAGGAGUUGCAUCACACUGGGUCGUCUGCCGCACCUGAUGCUGGUCAGUAAAGACAGUCUGUACAGUCAGCUUCCCUCCAGUGGAUUCAUGGCUCCGUCAUACAGCCGGCGCACGCCGCAGCCCAGCCCCUGUCCCGGCGGAGGAGACCCCGGAUCCCCGCGCUCGCUCUGGGCCUUUAACGCACACCUGAGAGUACGAGUGCUGUGUGCCACAUACGUCAACGUCAACAUCAGAGACAUAGACAAGAUCUAUGUCAGGACAGGUAUAUAUCACGGAGGAGAACCGCUGUGUGACAACGUCAAUACACAGAGAGUACCCUGCUCAAACCCCAGGUGGAACGAGUGGCUGUCGUACGACAUCUUUCUGACGGAUGUUCCCCGAUCAGCUCGUCUCUGUCUGUCCAUCUGUUCUGUCAAGGGUCGCAAGGGUGCCAAAGAGGAGCACUGUCCGCUGGCGUGGGGAAACAUCAAUCUGUUUGAUUAUAAAGACACUCUGGUGAGCGGUAAAGUGGCUCUGGGUUUGUGGCCGGUUCCUCAUGGACUGGAGGAUCUUCUCAACCCAAUUGGAGUGUCAGGAUCAAACCCAAACAAGGAAACGCCAUGUGUUGAACUAGAGUUUCCCUGGUUUAAUCAGACUGUUGUGUUUCCUGAUGAACAACAGAUAGAGGAACAUGCCAACUGGAGCAUCUCACGAGAGCUGGGAUACAGCUACUGUCUGGGACUGGGCAGUCGUCUGGCAUGUGACAGCAGCAUAUCUCAGUCGGAUGCAGAGCAGCUGCGCGCACUGUGCAGUCGAGACCCGCUGUAUGAACUCUCAGAACAAGAGAAGGACUUUCUGUGGAGACACCGGCAUUACUGCGUGAAUAUUCCCGAAAGUCUUCCCAAACUCCUGCUGUCCGUCAAAUGGAACUCCAGAGAUGAAGUAUCACAGAUCUACUGUCUGUUGAAGGAUUGGCCAUUGAUGCAGCCUGAAUCGGCUCUGGAGUUGUUGGACUGUAAUUUUCCAGAUCCGAUGGUUCGUGAGUUUGCGCUGCGCUGCCUCAUUCAGGGACUGACAGACGACAAACUCAGUCAAUACCUGCUGCAGCUCGUACAGGUGUUGAAAUACGAGAUGUAUCUGGACAAUCCAUUGGCUCGGUUCCUGAUCAAGAAAGCUUUGACCAAUCAGAAGAUUGGACAUUUCUUCUUCUGGCAUCUAAAGUCUGAGAUGCAUAAUAAAACGGUGUCUCGGCGGUUCGGGCUGCUGUUGGAGGCGUUCUGUCGAGCGUGUGGCAUGUACCUGAAACACCUGAACAGACAGGUGGAGGCCAUGGACAAACUAGUGAACCUCACCGACACACUCAAACAAGAGAAGAAAGAUGAGACGCAGAAGACUCAGAUGAAGUUCCUGGUGGAGCACAUGUCCCGCCCAGAUUACAUGGAUGCACUGCAGGGCUUCGUUUCCCCUCUGAACCCUGUACACCAGCUCGGAAACCUCCGGUUAGAGGAGUGUCGGAUCAUGUCUUCAGCGAAACGUCCGCUCUGGUUGAACUGGGAGAAUCCAGAUAUCAUGAGUGAACUGCUCUUCACAAACAAUGAGAUCAUCUUUAAAAAUGGAGACGAUCUACGACAAGACAUGCUGACACUGCAGAUUAUAAAGAUAAUGGAGAAUAUCUGGCAGAAUCAGGGACUGGACCUGCGAAUGCUGCCAUACGGCUGUCUCUCUAUAGGUGACUGUGUGGGUCUCAUUGAGGUGGUGAAGAAUUCUCAUACCAUCAUGCAGAUUCAGUGUAAAGGAGGACUGAAGGGGGCGCUACAGUUCAACAGCAACACACUGCAUCACUGGAUCAAAGAGAAGAACAAGGGAGAGGCUUAUGACAGAGCAAUUGAUUUAUUCACCCGAUCAUGUGCUGGAUACUGUGUGGCCACAUUUAUUCUGGGCAUAGGAGACAGACACAACAGCAACAUCAUGGUGAAAGAGAACGGACAGUUGUUUCAUAUAGACUUCGGUCACUUCCUGGAUCAUAAGAAGAAGAAGUUUGGUUAUAAACGAGAGCGAGUGCCGUUUGUGCUCACACAAGACUUCCUGAUCGUCAUCAGCAAAGGAAUUCAGGAGUGUACAAAGACCAAAGAGUUUGAGAGGUUUCAGGAGAUGUGUUAUAAAGCGUAUCUUGCCAUCCGUCAGCACGCCAGUCUCUUCAUCAAUCUCUUCUCUCUGUUGUUGGGUUGUGGGAUGCCGGAGCUUCAGAGUUUUGAUGACAUCGCAUAUCUGCGGAAAACUCUGGCGCUGGAGAAGAACCAGCAGGACGCGCUGGAAUACUUCACCAAACAAAUGAAUGACGCUCAUCAUGGAGGCUGGACCACAAAGAUGGACUGGAUCUUCCACACCAUCAGACACAUGCCAAACGAACACUAACACACACACACACACACACACACACACACACACACACACACACAUAGUGUUGGGGAGGCUACGCUGAAUCUGUAUGUUCUCAAGCUACAAAGCACCUCAUAUGUAGUUAAACUGCAUUCAAAAUACUCUUUAACUACAAGUCACGAACAAACAGUAGCUGACUACACUGAUGCUAUAAGUGAAUCAUUUAUGUGAACUGUCUUAAAAAAGCGAUUCACUGAAAUGAUUCAGUUUUCUCAGUGCUACAUGAGAGAGAGAGGACGGUUCAGGGGAGUGUGUUUGAUCACUCUCUCGACUCCACUGAUGCAUUUACAAUAUAAUGUGACAAGCGUUUGGUGACUCUACAGCGCUUGUUACUGGAAAAACUGCACUAUUGUGAAAACCGAUGAACUACCGUCACGCUACUGAAACAUGUUGUUACGCUAGAAGCGUCGCUAGUUUUAGCUAGUUACUCUCCAACACUGAUCACACACAACACUAACCGCUGAGGUGCUUUAAAAAGCAACAGGAAGUUUCCAGAACACUUAAGGUUUCCACAGCAACCGUCUGUCUGACAGCAGCACAAAGGCUCAUGGGAACGAGUCGAAACUUCUGCACAGACUCUGAUGAUGAUGUCAUCUCUGGCCUUAUGACUGAAUCAUGAGUUAAAGAGCGUUUACAAUCCUCAGGUUAUCAAUCAAGGUCAAAGGUCAAGCUUUGAUUGGCACUGCCACCUCAAACGUGUGGUCAUAUCGGAGAUAUUACCCAGAAUGCACUGCAGCUGAGCGCUGUGACUCGUGUGAAAGUCUUCCACAAACGCUGCUGAAACAAAGAAAAAGAGAACGGCACACUGUGAAUGAGAGACCAGCCAAUGGAAAUCUCUGCGAGUUUACAAUCAAUGAUUCAUUCCUUCAUUUGAAAUGUGCGAGAUUACAAUCUGUAAAUUAUUGAUUCUUUCAUCGACUUGAUGCAGUUUUAAUGAAAUGUGUUAAAACACUAUUAAAGAUUUGCGUUUGUUGUGCUAAUGUACACAAAAUGAAACACUAUUGAUCAAAUCAGACAGGAUGAAGAUAAAAACAAGUGGCAUCAGCUGUCAAGAGAGAUUUUGUCCCGUUCUCAGUUCUGUGAAAGAGCAGAGAAAUCGCACCGAUGAUGUGCCACGAGGUGUUCGAGAUGUUUCAUUCGGUGCUACAGUCAAGAACAUUGUGAACUCAACAGAGAGGAGAACGCUUCUUUAAUUCACUUAAAGUCAACAUGAAAACAAACUCCAGCCUGUUUCCUGUCAUAAUUCAUGUUCCUGUUCUUACUGUGAACGAUUCAUUAACUGGCUUCCCAAUGUGUGCAUGUGUCGAGCGAAUGCCUCUUCACGGUUUGACGUCAAAUGCAGAGAAUAUCUCCUUUAUUUUAAAAUCUCAUGUAAACGCUGAUCUUUGGGAGUGCAUGUAAACACGCACAUUAUGGAAGUAAAAUGGGUUGCGAUUGCCGUUUCAUGUUGACUUUAUAACUAAAAUGUGUUCAGUAUUAUUGACAUCACACAUUGCUAAAUGUUUAAGUGCAUGAAUCAUUUUUCUCAUUAAGAGUGGAGCACAUCUGUGAAUGAUCACAGACUAAAUUAACUAGCAAUAAAACACAAUAAUAUCAAAUAUAAACGGCAGAAUCUCUCCCAGUAGUCGUUGGUCUCAGUGAUGUCCAUAAAUAAAAUCACUGUACUGUAAACUUGAUAAACAGACCUGUGAUCAGGAUCUGCGUCCUAUCAGGAGUUUUACGUGUUUGUAAGUGAUUGUUAUUAUUGUGACGUUUCAUUUAAUAAACAUUUUU